AUGGCGUUGAGUAUGCAAGUUGGGAUGCUACUGCAGGGUGUGGUUCUUGGUCUGCUGAGUUCCUGGGGUCUUUGGCUUUUUCUGGUUCCUAGACUUUGGCCAGCCAAGCAUCCAGAGGAUAGAGGCAAGGAAGCUUACCAGACAACCACACCCAUGCCAACACCAGCACCACUGAACAAGUCUGUGCAGUCAGAGGCUCGAAAGGCACCGCACGCUACAUGCUGCUAUCCCGGAAUUCGCUGCAAGAAAAACCACACCGAAGAGGACGUGUACAACAUUUUUGUACUAUCAUGCCUGCCUGAGAAUAACGGGAAUGAGGCCGUGGAGGUCUUCCGACCAAUGUGGGACACCGUUUAUCGAGGGCUACAAAGUCGAAGCGCCGAGUGCGGGUAUCACGUUUUUCUCAUGGCCUCUCACCAUGCAUCCGUGAACUUUGUGUUCCCGGUGGAGCCUCGAAAGGGCGAUGUGGUGAUUCUCGCUGGGCACCAGGAGAGCCAGCGUUUUUUGGAACUUUGCGGGAGCACCUUUGGGCCACGAGAAGUUUAUUGCAUCUGGUUUUUCAGUGAACUGGAAGUGCAGGGUCCAGCAACCUACAUGCAGCCUGGACUUUGUGAGGUCUGGGAGUAUACAAGGGCCAAUGCCCCCAAGGCCCGCGUGGUACGCUACACACCACCAGGGUUCCUGCCACCCAUGAAUCCUCUAAGUGCUAACGAUGAUGCCGUGCAGCAGAGUGUGAAGGGCUAUAACUUCACGCCAGCUGGCACACGCCCAAAGCUCCGGUUCAUCGGUACUGGAAGCCCGUGGCGAGAUAAAUGUCGAGGCUUUCUGAAGAAAGCACAUAACCGUCCGCUGCUGGCCAACUUUGAAGAGUUUCCUGUUUGGGGAGGGGGUUGGCGCAGCCUGGUGACGAAUUCAGGUGUGGUCUACCUCAACAUGCACAGGUAUUGCAACGACUCGAGUAUGUACAAGCGCUCUCCUAGACCUUUGGAGACUGUUCGUUUGUCCCUCUUGCUAAGCAUGGGAGCUGUUGUCCUCUCAGAGCAGAGCAAUGUCAAAGACACAGAGAUCUUUGAGGACCUUGUCCUUUUCGAGCCCAAUCUCUUCUCGAAGUUGCCGUGGAGUUCAAAAGUUCAGAAAGUGCUGUCGGACAAGAAUGAGUACAUGGCCUGGCAGAUGAAUGCCUACAAACUCUUCAAAGAGAAGUUCAAUCCCCGUCAAGUCAUGUUGGAUGCCAAUGUGUGGGAUGGAGGGUAUCUUGCUCGUGGGCACUGUGCGUGA